AUGUCCUUAGUUUAUAGGAAAACACUGAACUUUUUAAAAGGAAAAAAUGAAGAUGAUAAGGAUAUUAAAAUAAACAUAAAUGGGGAAAACAAAAGGACCUGUAACAAUUCCGUGAUAACGUCUAAAUAUACCGUUUUUAAUUUUAUAUUUUUAAAUAUGUAUGAACAAUUUCAUAAGAUAUCAAAUGUGUAUUUUUUUUUCAUUGGUAUAUUACAAGUAAUACCUCAAUUUACUGCUACCAAUGGAAUUCCCACAGUUUUUUUUCCCCUUCUAAUUGUGCUAACAGCGAAUGCCAUAAAAGACGCUUUUGAAGAUUGGAAUAGGCAUAAAACAGAUAAAAUUGAAAAUAAUAGAAUGUGCUAUGUUAUCGUAAAUGAAGAAGAAAAAAAUAUAUAUGAAGAGAAAAGUAAUAAGAAGAAUAUUUUUAAAAAAUUAAAAAGAUAUAUUUUUGGAAAUCGUAAGAUUUGUAGUACUGAAAAUUAUUAUGAUGAAGAUGAUAUGUAUGAUGAUGAAAUUACUGAUAUUAAUGAUUAUAUUAAUAAUUAUGAAGAAAAUUUAGAAAACAUUGAAGGUACUGUUAAAAAAAGAUGGAAAGAUAUAAAAGCUGGUGAUAUUAUUUUAUGUAGAAGAUCUGAAUUUUUCUGUGCAGAUAUCUUAUUAUUAUGUACUAGUCAUAAAAAUGGCAUUGCCUUUGUUGAAACCUCUAGUUUAGAUGGUGAAACAAAUUUAAAAGUAAAAGAAGCUAAUGCAUUUUUAUUUAAUAUAUUAGGCAAUGAUAGAAAUAUUGCAAUUGAUAAAGUGAAAAAUUUAAAAGGUUUUAUUUUAAGUGAUAAACCAAAUAAAGAUUUAUCUACCAUGUAUGGUACUAUUUAUUUUGAAAAGGAUAAGAAAAUAGAUGUAGAAAAUAUUGGUAUACAAGAAUUAUUAAAAAAAACAACGGAAGAAAUAGAAUAUCGAAAAAAAAGGUUAUCUAGUGUAGAUUUAAGUAAGAGUAGUAGUAUUAUCGGAAGUAAUAUAUGCAACGACAAUAAUAAUAGUAAUAAUAAUAAAAGUGAUAGUAAGAAUUAUAUUGAUGAUGAUGAUGAUGAUGGUGAUAUGGAUGAAAAUAAAAUAUUAAAAAAUGAUAAUUAUAUAAGAAUACCUUUUGAUGAAAAACAAUUUGUAUUAAGAGGAUGUAAAUUAAAAAAUACCGAUUGGAUAAUGGGAAUUGUUAUAUAUGUAGGUAGAGAAACAAAAAUACAAAUGAAUUCUUCAAAAUCAAUUAAAAAAACAAGUAAAUUAGAAAUAUUAACAAAUAAAAUGACCAUAAUUAUAUGGGUCAUACAAAUGAUUAUUUGUUUAAUUUCUGCAUAUUAUAAUGCUAUAAUUGUAAGUUCAUCUAGAAAAAAUCGAUUUAGAUAUUUGCCUUUUAAUUUGGAAAAGGCUAAAAAACCAUACAUAGUAGGAAUAAUUUCUUUUUUCUCAUGGGUAGUUAUUACAGGAAAUUUCGUUCCUAUUAGUUUAAUUGUUACCAUGAGUUUUGUUAAAGUGGUUCAAGCGUAUUUUAUUUCAUGUGAUAAAAAUAUGAUUCAUAAAGUACAAGCAGAUGUUCCUUCAUUUAGUGAACCAAAAGAAAUUCCAAAUAUACCGAAAGAUGACAUUUCAUCAAAUGCAGAUGUUAUAAAACGAAGGCGAUCAAAAAAAAUAGCAGAUAACUCUUUAUUACACAUAGAUGAAAAUCAAACAGAAGAAUAUAAUAUGGACAUGAAAAGUGAUUGUAUGGCUCUUAAAAAUAACAGUAGUCAUCAAAAUAUUAAUGAUAAUAAUAAACAAUAUUCAUCUAGUAGUUUGGGAAUUAUUAGUAAUGAAACAAAACGAGAAAUUUCAUCUAGAGUUAUAUCAUUUAAAGAUUCGAAAGAAAAAAAUUAUAUAUAUUUUAAUGCUGUACCAAGAACAUCUAGUUUAAUUGAAGAGUUAGGUCAAAUCGAAUAUAUUUUUUCAGAUAAAACUGGAACGUUAACAUGUAAUAUCAUGGAAUUUCGAAAAUGUGCUAUUAAUGGUAUUUCGUAUGGAAAGGGACUUACCGAAAUUAAAAGAAAUAUUUUGAAGAAGAAAAAUUUAGAAAUACCUGUGGAACCAACCAUGAAAUUUAAAAAGAAAACACCUCAUGUAAAUAUUAUAGAUAAUGAUAUAAUAAAUCAUUUAAAAGAUCCAAAUCAUUUUAAUCAUGUAAAUUUAAUAAACUUUUUCCUUCAUCUAGCUAUUAAUCAUGCUGUUAUUUGUGAAAAGGAUAAAGAGGGGGUAACUACCUAUUCAUCCAGUAGUCCCGAUGAAGAAGCUUUAGUUAAUGCAGCAAAGCAUUUUGAUAUUACCUUUUUAUAUAGAAGGGAAGGAAAGUAUGGUAUAAGUAUCUUUGGAAAAAUAUAUGAAAUUGAUACAUUAGCAACUAUUGAAUUUACUAGUAAAAGAAAAAUGAGUAGUGUAAUUUGUAGAAUACCUGUAAUAAAUCCUGAUCAUAAUAAUGUAAGAGACUCUAAAUCAUUUAACAUGGAUAAGAACAAGAAUAAUAGUGUUGAUAAUUUUUGUGAUGAUAAAAAUAAUUGCAAUAUUAUUUAUAAUAAUAAUGAAGGACGCACACCAGAAGUUAUUACUUGUAAAAAUAGUAAGAAUUCCAAAAUUAUGCUAUUUUGUAAAGGAGCUGGUAGUAUGAUUUUAAAAAAAUUAGCCAAACGAUCAGAUGUAGAUGAAUUAACCAUUGAACAUAUGGAAACGUAUGCAGAUGAAGGCUUACGAACUUUAUGCAUUGCACAAAGAGAAUUGAGUGAAGAGAGUUUUGCCGAAUGGUAUCAUCUUUAUAAAGAGGCUUCUUUAAGUAUAAAAGAUAGAGAAGAGAAAUUAGAAAGUGUUGCUGAAUAUAUUGAAAAUGAUUUAAUAUUACAAGGUAUUACUGGUAUAGAAGAUAAGUUACAAGAAGGUGUUAGUUCAACCAUUGAAGAUUUAAGAAUGGCUGGAAUUCAUAUAUGGAUGUUAACAGGUGAUAAAAUUGAAACUGCUAUGAAUAUUGGUAUAGCAGCAAAUUUAAUAGAUAAUUAUUCAGAACAAUUCAUUUAUACAGAAGAAUAUAUUCAGAGUGAAGAAGCUUUAAUAAAAAAAAUGGAUGAUGAUAUUUUAAUGGUUGAAAAAUCUUUAAAUAUACCACAUUAUGAUUUUGAUGAUGAAAAUAAUAAUGUUGAAGAUGAUAAUAGAAAACCUUUUUUUAGAAAUAAUUUUAUAAAGAACUUUUUUUGUGAUAAGAAAAAAAAUGGUUUAUUAGUUAAUCCAGAUAAAUACAAUAUGUUAAUAAAUACAUUAAAUUAUGUUUUAGUUGUGGACGGUUCUGUUAUUGAUAUAUUAUUAAGUGAAAAAAUGGAAAAGAAAUUCUUUUAUUUAGCUGAUAAAUGUUCAUCUGUUAUAUGUGGUCGAGUUAGUCCAUAUCAAAAAGGAGCUAUUGUAUCAUCAGCUAAUCGAUUAUUAAAUAAAAUUACAUUAGCUAUAGGUGAUGGUGCCAAUGACCGAAAUAUGAUUAAUACAGCAAAUAUUGGAGUAGGUAUAAGAGGACAAGAAGGAGUUCAAGCAUUUAAUUCUUCAGAUUAUGGUAUUAGCCAAUUCCGAUUUUUAAAAAAUUUAUUAUUAGUACAUGGUAGAUUAUCAUAUAGAAGAAUAAGUAAAUUAGUGGUAUAUAUGUUUUAUAAAAAUAUGGUUUUAAUAUUUCCAUUAUUUAUUUUUGGUUCGAUUUCUUUAUAUUCAGGACAAAAAAUAUAUUUUGAAUUUUUAUUACAUUUAUUUAAUGUCCUUUUUACCGCUAUACCAGUUGUAAUUCAUGCUGUGUUAGAUCAAGAUAUUAGUUUAAAUACAGCAAUGGAAAAACCAAAUUUAUAUAAAUUAGGUAUACAUCAUUAUUAUUUUAAUAUUAGAACAUUUAUAUCAUGGGUAAUGAAUAGUCUUUUUCAUGGAUCAGUUGUUUUUCUAAUACCUUUAUAUUUUUUAUCAUACUAUAAUAUACCUACAUCAGAUGGAAUACCAUACGACAUUUGGACCGUAGGAUGUGCUACUUAUUUUUUAACAGUUUUAAUUGUUAAUUUUAAAAUUUUAUUUGAAACCUAUUAUUUAAAUAUACUUCCCAUUAGUGGUAUUGCUUUAAGUAUAUUUUCGUUUGUGCUCUUAGUUACUGCAUUUUCUUUUAUGUGUGUAGGAAGUAUUCAUCUUUUAGGAACUAUAGUAUAUCUUGUUCAGUCACUUCGUUUUUGGCUCGUUGUUAUAUUGGGAUUAUUUACAGCAUUGUUAAGAGAUUACGUUUUUAAAGUGUACAAGAGAAAUUUCAACCCAGAGAUAUAUCAUUUAUUAUUAGAUCAAGAAAAUGCAAAAAUAGGCAUGAACGAUGUUAUUGAUCAGUUAAAGUUGAAUGAAUUAGAUAAGGAUGAUGAUAUUAGAAUUGAAAAAUCCAAAUCAUUAGGAUAUGCAUUUAGUGAAGCAGACCCUGCAUGUAUACAAUUAAUUAGAAAACAAGAUAAUAUGAUUUAA